AUGGGAGCGUAUCCGGUUCCCAUCAAGGCUCCAAGAGUGCUGAAAGCCAGCCCUCACCCAGUCGUCUUCCAGUGCUACAAGACCUUCUGGGUGUUCUUAACGGGCUGGCUGUUCCUUCUCCCGCGCUGGUGGCAACAGGAGUCUCCAGUUUUUUGCCCUACCUGGUGGGGAGUUGUCAGUGCCCUAGGGUGGAUUCCGAGCGGUGUCUGUGCGAUAGCAGCAGUGCCACGCCUGGGCGUUGGGAUGACUGUGGCGGUUUCCUCAAGCUGUGGCUCCAUUCUAACAUUCCUGGUUUUCUGGCUGGUGCUCGGCGAGUCAAUGAAGGAACACAGCCUUGGAGGUCACAUGAUGUAUUUCGCUCCAGUUUACCUCGCCUGUAUAGUCCUUGGCAUGGUAGGUAUGGUGUUGGCCACUGGCUUCAAGUCGCAAGGAGGAGAGACGCGGCGCUCCAAGGGGAUGGUUGGGCUGCUGCUGGCCAUGUCAGUUGGAGUGUUCAGCGCUAUCCAGUUCGGGGCCGUGAAUUUGGGCAAGCAGAGCGCGCAGCAGUCGGCUGGGUGUGCUGGAGACAUGUCUAGUUGCCCUCCAGAAUUCGUGGAGGCCUUCAACAACUUUGGCUCCUGGAUGGCUUCGUUUGGACUUGGAGCGCUCCUUGUCACGGCCAUCUUUCUACUUGGAGUUACCGCCGACGCCGCCCUCCGGCGGAAGCCUCUGCCAGCACCCCAUUGGAAGGCUUUAGCUGGUCCGGGCUCGAUGGCAGGAUUGCUUUGGGCCCUUGGCAACUUCUUCCAGACCGCGGCAGUUGUCAGAGGUGGCAGCGCUGUCAUGCUGCCCGCCAACCAAGCCAUUCAGCUGGUGACAUCUGGAGCAUUCGGUCUCCUUUACUACCACGAGGUCCCAAAUCUACGACGCGCAGUGUUUUGGACCGCUGCUGCACUCUGGACUUUGGGAAGUAUCCUCCUCCUCAGCCAGGAGAAGUCGUGA